CCUGAUUUCUAGCCGACAAUGAAGGCUCCUCCAUCACGAGGAGAACCCCUAUUUCUGCUCAUCCCCAGCUACAAAGUGGAGGGAGGGAGAUUUUCCAUUUGGGGCUUCUUCCUCACAGCCGUGGGCAGGGGCCUACGGCUCCCCAGUCCCUCUUCCUUCCCCGUUGAACCCCCUCCCCCUUUGAUGACCAUUUUCCUUUCUUCUCCUCACAGCUCCCUCAACUGGCCGCCCCCCCACCCCCCCUUUGGUUUUUUUUAUCUUCUCCUCACAGCUCCCUCAACUGGACCGCCAGCGUUCCCCCCUCUGCAGAACGUUCCCCACGUUUUCAGCUCCUUCUCCCCUGCCACCACACCCGAAGACCAGCCCCUUCGUCUCCCUCCCCAGUUUGAAAAUUUUCCCCCUUCACAGCUGCCAUCCACUUCCCUCUGCUCCGCCAGCCUCAGCGCCUCUAUUUUUCCCUUCAAUCGACAGACCCACACAGCCGAACAGCCCUCACACACAUCUCCCCUCCCCUUUGAUUUUCUUCUUCUCCUCAGCAGCCGGCAACAAACCCACAGCCGCCUCCUUUCUCCUCCACAGAGAUUGAACAGCUCCCUUUCUAGUUUCACCCAUCUUCUCCACAGACAGGACACCCAUUUCUUCAUUCAUCGGCGCAGAUCGGCCUCCAGCAGCAACCUCGCUGUCCUCUUCAUCUCCGCCCCACCAGCCUUGCAGCGGCUUCUUCUCCACAGAGGCAAGCCAUCGCCUCCGCCUGCUUUCUCCAGACCAGCACGAACACAGCGACAGCAAGGGACAACCCUCCUCCGGCCGACCCAGCUUCAGCAGUGCCCACAGACCAGCCACAGCAGCGCCCACAGACCAGCCACAGCAGCGCCGUCCACAGAUUAACCGGCCACCAGCAGAGAACAACGAAGCAGAGAAGAAGGCGAAACCAAAACAAAGCAGAUCCAAAACGGAAAACAAACAGAUCCUGGAACCCGAAAAAGAAAAAAACUAAAAUCAACUGCUUGCUGUGUUUUUGGGUUUAUUUUGCAUGUCACCGCCGGCAGGGAAGGGAAGAGGGGAGGAGGCUGUUACAGACCCCCUGCUUCACUGCUGUGUUUUUGCGGCGGCGCGUGAACCCACGCGCCUCCAGUGGCUGAGGCGCAUGGAGGAGACGCGCCGCCACUGUUCCGGCGCCCAGAAGCCUCCGACACUGUUCACCCGUGGCUGCACUGUUCCUGAUUCUGUUUUAGGGGUUGUUUUUGUAAUUUUAAAUUAUGUAAUGUAAUUUUUGUUUAGUGUUUAAAUUUUUUAUAAUUUUGUAAUGUGAUGUACGAAAAGAAUAAAAAAAAAGAAAAGGAAAGAAAAGAAGGAGAACAAUGAUAGAAAAAGAGAUGUGUGUGUGUUUGUGAAUUUUUUUAAUGUAUGUUAUUGAAUCAAAUAAAAAAUGAAUUUAAUAUUUUAAUUUAUA